AUGGCCGCCCUGGCCAGGGAGAGGACACAGGCGUCGGCCCACGUGGACGCCAGAACGUCCCGGAGGCCGCCGGCGAGGCGUCGGGGCGCGGGGAGCUGGGCAGCCCAGUGGGCCCUCGGCCCCCCAACACCGUCGUCUCCACGCAACAGCGUGGGCGGCUUCCAGUUCAACAGCAUCCAGGCUCUGUCGGCCAGCUCCUUCGCCGGCCUGAGCAAGCUGGAGCUGCUGCUGAUCCACGGCAACGAGAUCCCAAGCAUCCCCGAUGGCGCCCUGCGGGACCUGAGCUCUCUGCAGGUCCUCAAGUUCAGCUACAACAAGCUGAGGGUGAUCACCAAGCAGACGCUGCAGGGGCUGGCCAGCCUCCUGCGGCUCCACGUAGACCACAACAGGAUCGAGUUCAUCCACCCCCAGGCCUUCGAGGGCCUGACCGGCCUCCGCCUGCUGCACCUGGAGGGCAACCGGCUUCGCCAGCUGCACGCCGGCACCUUGUCCACCUUCACCUUCCUGGACUACUUCCGGCUGUCCACCGUGCGGCACCUGUACCUCGCGGACAACCAGCUCAGCUCGCUGCCCCCGGGGCUGCUGGACAGCAUGCCGCUGCUGGAGAACCUCUAUCUGCACGGGAACCCGUGGGCGUGCGACUGCGGCCUCCAGUGGUUCUCGCGCUGGGAGGCGGGCGCCAAAGCUCUCAUGGCGGUAGCCAACGUCUGGAAGCAGCCGAAAUGCCCCCGGGCAGAUGACAGGAUCAAGAAGUAG